AUGACGGGUGUGUUCCCCUCCCCCCUAGAGAUUCUGUAAUGCUAAUAUGCUGUUAAUUCAAGAUGGGAGACCAGAGGGCACAACAGAGCCCUUGCCGAUUGGGUCAUCAUUAAAGUGGGUACAGUUAUGAAGAAAUUUUUAUAACAAAAGACUAUUACGUAUUAACUUUUAAUAGCUAGGAGUCCCCAGUGGUAAAGUCUAUGGUUUCGAGAUUGACACAGCUUGCUUCAACGAAAACCACGGUCCAGCAGUCACCGCCGAGGGCACCUUCCUUGACGGCAGCCACCUAGACGCAAAUACACCAGUGAGUGAAUUACUUCACUAAAUUAGUUCGGUCUGACACCCGAACCCUUCUAGUGGGAGGGAAUCCUCACAAUGCGGGGGUGUGGCCCUACCCGGAGACACAUCUGGAAGCUAAGCUCUCCCACUGCCAAAGCCCACCCUCAUGUCCGUCUCAAUAUGUUUCCCGAUGGAUGUUGUUCAAAUGUGUGGGUACGGCACUAUCUUAAUAACUUUGUACGAAAGUACGACACAGUAGUAAGAGUAUACUGCGGGCACGCUAAGCAAGAAGGAAUUUUGUAUGAAGGUAGAUUGGUAGUAGUUCUUGUCCUUAAUUCUCUUAAGCGAGAUGGGUGGUAACCCCUAUUUAUACAGGUGCGCAUCCUUUGCGUAACUAAGAGGAAAUGUAAGGGAAAACAUAAGUAUCAACGUGUUUGACCAUAACAUAAGUAGGAAAAACAUAAGUGCAAACAUGUUUGACCCUAAAGAACUGCCAAGGAAAUCUCAUAAAACAUGCGUAAAUCUGAGGUGGUGUGAACAGAUAAUUAGAACAUAAUUGUAAAUCAAAUGACCGAUGACCAUGCAUGAUGAUGCAUAAAAUGUAAGAAAUAAACCCAAACACCAGAUAAGAAAAGCACGCCAUAAUCCCCUAAUCGUAUCAUGAAAUAUCAAUGAAAUAUACGUAAUACAUGCUCUGCUGUAGUAAUGUCCGUGAACUAGAAAUAAUACUAAGUAGAGGAAUAUACGAUAUUAUCAAGAGAAAUAUACAUAUGAAACGAAUUAGAAAAUUCAACAGAUGUAAGCUCAUAACAGAUUCCGCCACAAUAAAUGCCGGGAGUACUAACACGCUGUUAGGAAUUGCCCGCUUCCGCUCGCUUGGAACUACAGUCCCUGUGUUCCCCAGCGAUCCGGACGCGAUUAUUGACCUUGCUCACGUCUCCUUUGGUGGUCUGGAGAUCUCCUACCGCGACCGAAACUUUGAAACAAAAGCGGCCAAUCUGUUGCUUCCCGGAAGAGGUAAGGACCCCGAGCCAGGCCAUGUCGACUGGGUUGCCGUCAAGGUUGUACGCCUUUCCCUUGGACCAGCCGAAACGCCUUAGUUAUACUAACCGGUUUUCACCACAAAGGGGCUCCGGGAUACAUUGAAGAGGUUAUAGUUGACAUCCUCCUCUUCUGUGGAAACUAUUCUCAAGCCGUUGAAAUCUACACUAUCAAUUCCUCCGACCAACAUAUCGCCAGCGAUGCCAGUGGAUGGGAACUUAUCGUUCCUGCACACUCUUGUGAGGCGGAUAAGGAACAUGCAUUCCAGUCACCCUCUUCCAGAACAUUAACGGAAAAACGGUUACUCAUCUUAAAGUGGCCAUCAUUCUUGACGGAGGGGUGA